UAGAGUUAUUGCGACAAUAUGAAAAAGUAACGUAAAGUAUUUUAAAACAAAAGGCAAAUGUUCUAAUAUAGAUCAGCAGGAUGCUGUUAGUUCAAUCAAUGACAAGAACGAAUAUCGAUAAAGCGAGCAAAAUGUGUGUGAGGUUAGCAUAAAUGAAUAGCAUUUCUUCACCUAAAAUUUGUCGUAUAGCCAAGAAACCAGAUGAUAAAACUUUGUGUGAAUAUCUAUGCAAAUUCACCAAUUUACUGAACUAAUUCACAAUCGCUUCAGUUAAACAAUAUGUAAUAUAAAAACUCAAUGAUGAGUACAAGAAAUUUUGGAGUUGUGUUACUCGCUAUAUUGCUUUUCGAACUUAUCCUGUUACACCACGUUCGAUGCCAUAGCUGGGUAGUAUGUACCGAUUACAUAGAAAAGAAUGGACUUUUUUAUAAUCCAAACAAAUGCAGGGGUUAUCCAAGAGCAGCAAAUCGAUUCUUGCCAAAAAAUAAAGAGUUCGGAUCAGAAACAGGAUAUUCACACCAGCCAACGGAAGAUCAGGCUUGCAGGGUUCGAAGAAAUGAUCACGCACAUUAUGAUCUCGAAUAUCCAAUGGCAGUUUAUUAUCCUGGUCAGCAGGUUGUACUGGCGCAUCCAAUGAAGGAGCAUGGGGCCGAUGCGGAUUGUACAAAUCCAUACAUUCCAGAUACGGGGAACUGGAUAUACAGAAGCGACCGAAACGCCCGAGCCGACUCAACCCUUUCGCAAUUCAUGCAGAACUUAGUUUUUGAUCUUUCCGCUUCGCCUUUAAACGAUGAGAUACUUUCUAAAUCUUACCCUAAACCUGGAUUUCAAAAUGCACCCGCCUUCUGUUUGAAUCAAGACAAAUCUUUGGGAACAUAUAGUUUCAAUGUACCCUUGAAUUUGAGUCCAGGUCGUUACACCUUCAUGUGGUUAUGGGCUUUCAACAACAUGGGAGAUCUUUUUACAACAUGUUACGAAGUUCAGAUAGUCAGAGAUCAGAUAGAGAGAGAUAGAAAACUAUUGAACAACGGUUUUAAAAACUUCACGGAACCCUGUGGGGGAAUGACUUCUAAUCCUGAGAUUCGUGGUGUUUGUAACAUGGCAGUCGGACAUAAUACGGCAGGAACGAACAAUGAAAUUGAUGGUGGCGGAGGGGCUGAAGCAGUGCAACUUCAUUGGAUAUUAUUAUUCGCUUCGAUUUUUGUUCAUUUAUUUUGUCUAUGUAACUGAGUCUGCUACACUGUAAAAUUUGCAUUUUCCCAUGAUUCAAGUCAUCAGCCUGAUUGCAGAGUUACAGUAGGUCCAUCAGGCCGAUGUGGCCUACAGCACUUACCAAACGUAGAUAAUAAAGUAAUCUGAAAUGGUGAUUUUAAAUCCGACUUGUGUUCUCAAACGGGGUAAAAUGACCCCCUUUGCUAUCACCGUAAACGUUAUAUCCUGAUCAUGAUUGGAAGCGGCAUUUAAAUAGCAUGCUUUACAACUUAUAACCUUCAAAUUUAAUUCGUUUCAGUAUUGUUUGUACCUACCUUGGAAAUUAUAACUAGAAGCAUUAUUUAAAGUAUAUAAUUAUAAAGGAAAAAUGCUACUUUAAUAAACUUCGAGAAUAUGA